AUGGCAGAAAAAGUCUGGUGUCGAGGAGAAAGCCCAGACGCCAGGAGGGAUUCUUUCCAGGAGAACCAGUCUGAUUUGGAGGUGAUCUUGGACUUCCUAGAGGAGUACUACAGGCAGAGCUAUCCUGCAGAUGCGGAUGAUGUCAACUGGAUGAGAAGUGCUCCUGUCGAGGAGCCAUCUUGUGAGCAGGGCUGGAUCGGCUGUGAACCACCUAUCCCCGCACCUGUCCUGCAACCGGUGCUGUCCCAAGAUGCCACCGGGACGCCCAGCCAAAACACUGGCACAUUGUCUGCAUGUGGCUCACAGCCACACCUUUUACCUGCAGGGCAACCAUCCACACACCACACCACAGCGGCCAGGGCAGGUAGGAAGCUGCGCCUCUUUCACUUUCUGUUUGAGAUGUUGGAGGACCCAUGCAUGGCCCACUGUGUGUUCUGGGUGCCAGCUGCUGCUGGGGUGUUUCAGUUCUCAUCCAGGAACAAGGACCAGGUGGCAGCGCUCUGGGGACAGAGGAAAGGCAACAAGAGGCCGAUGACUUACCAGAAGAUGUCCCGGGCCCUGAGGAACUACGCCCACUCCGGGGAGAUUUUCAAGGUGAAGAAGAAGCUCACCUACCAGUUCAGCCGGGACACCCUGAGGUCCCUGCAGCAGUGCCGUCAAAGACAUUUGUGAUGUCAACCAGAUUUAGCAUAGCUUGUGCUUCUUCAUGUAAGACCAUAUGAUCUGCCUUCCUAAUUUUUGUAAGACUGUUAAAUGUUCCUCUCUUGCUGAAUAACUCUCUUUAAGAAUCCAAGAAGCCUUUGGAGCC